UUUUUUAGUGAAGCCGAUCGUUACCUCUACUUUAUAAAUGCGAUCCUAGCCUCCGAUAAAGUGUUAAAGAACGUGGACGUGACCGAAGAAGUGGAAAUUCCUUGGGAACGCAUACCCAAAGGCACAGCUUUCCGUUUAGUGGCUUCCGUGGAUGAUCUUGUCUCCCCGUCAGUUUUCUGCAGCCGUUACAUCGCCAAGCGUUUGAUCGAGACUGGACAUGACGUCGAAGUGCAGUUAGUUAAUGGUGGCCAUAUUAUGGAACCUCCAUAUUUCCCACAUCAUGACAAAGUUUGGACGAAAUUCCAAGGUUUCUGCUGCGGUUAUGGUGGUGAUGUUGUCUUGCACGGUAAAAGCCAAGAAAUUUCCUGGGCUGCCACUGUCAACUUUUUCUCGAGAAAACUCGGACAACCGGCUGUGAUGCCAGAUUGGAAUCGACUUCAGCAUGAAGAGUUAAGAAGUAGCUUGUAA